AAGCCGCUAAAGCCCCGUUGUCUGAAAGAGCAGAGCUGAGCUCCUGGCUGUGAGGGGGAGGAGGCAGGAGCAGAGUGAACUCACUGCCACGCACAGAGCACUUGAGAGUUGUUUGGAGGGCUCCGACGAACUUUCCAGGUGCAUUGGCAGAAACCAGCUUGCGGAAAGAACUAGAAGUCUCCUUCAGCUUCAGCAGGGGACUUGGCAGUUCCAGGAGCAUCUUCUAGAUUGGCCAGCCAGGCUGAAACUGCUCAACGAUGAGAGGGCAAAGGUUUCUGCUACAUGGGAUGCUUGCCUUGUUUCUGCUCAGCAUCCCCUGUGAAGCCCAGGAGCUCCAAGUGGACAAGGCCACCACCGGUUCCAGUCCUCUGUGUGAGAAAGAGGCCAACUCCUGGGGAACUCUGUUCAGUGGGGAGCGACUGGAUGCUUGGAUCUUUUCUCUGAUUGGCUCAGUUAUGGUGGGGCUGAGUGGAGUCUUCCCCCUGCUGGUAGUUCCCCUUGAGACAGGAGCUGCUCUGCGAUCAGAAGUGGGAUCCAAUCGUUUGAAGCAGCUGUUGAGUUUUGCAAUUGGUGGGCUUCUGGGGAACGUAUUCCUCCACCUCCUCCCUGAGGCUUGGGCCUACACCUGCAGCGCCACUGCAGGAGGUGGGCAGAGCUUGCAGCAGCAGAAGCUUCUUGGCCUCUGGGUGAUUAUUGGCUUCCUGACCUUCCUGGCAUUGGAGAAGAUGUUCCUAGAGAGUGAGAAGCAAGAAUGGCCUAGUGUGGGCAAUAAUUCCAAAGCACCUUCCGGAAGGAUUCCAAAUGGAAACAGCUUCUCCCUGCAGAAAGUAGCAGGCACAGUCCAAAGAGCAGAGACAAACAUCACUCAGUGUAAUGGCUCCUCUCUCUCGUCUUGCCCACGAGACCGAAGAAUCAAGAUCAGUGGAUACCUUAACCUGUUGGCCAAUACCAUUGAUAACUUCACACAUGGCCUGGCGGUGGCAGCCAGUUUCCUGGUUAGCAGAAAGGUUGGGCUCCUAACCACCAUGGCAAUCCUACUGCAUGAAAUCCCACAUGAGGUAGGAGACUUCGCCAUCCUGCUCCGGGCUGGGUUUGACCGCUGGAGUGCAGCCAAGAUGCAGCUUUUCACAGCUCUGGGUGGAAUUCUAGGAACCUGCUUUGCAAUCUGUUCUCAGUCGCCUAAAGGGACAGGGGAAACUGUAGCUUGGAUUCUCCCAUUCACCUCCGGGGGGUUCCUGUACAUCGCCUUGGUAAACGUUGUGCCUGACCUCCUAGAGGAGAAGAAUCCCUGGAACUCCCUGCAGCAGAUCCUUCUCCUGUGCACAGGCAUUACAGUCAUGGUGCUGCUCUCACUCACUACAGAAUGACCUCCGCUCAGACCUCCUCAUGCUGCCUCUCAGAACUGCAUUGACUUUGAGCGGUUACAAAGCAAUAAGGAACACUAAUGUAACUUCCUGUGUGUGCGCUUGUGGGUCCAGCUGCUAGUGAGAGGCAGUUGAAAAAAAGAGGGAGUCAUUGGGGAUGCUGGACUCCGUUCCCUGGCUCUUCUAUCCCUGCUCUGUUAAAAUCCCACAAACCAGGGCUUCCAAUGUUGGUGUUUUAUGGAGUGAAAGCUUUUAAGGAGCAGAAAUGAACCGAGAACCUGUUCCAAGGAGAACAUACUGUCUCACCCUGGAGUAAGAACAAGUGUUGGAAGUGCGCAUCUUAAGCUGCUCAGUGAAUAGACAAGAUCCCUGUAUCUGGCAAAGAAGGAUUUACCUGCUACUCCAGGCUUAGAGAGAAAACAAUUUCCCCAAAGCAGCAGAAAACCACCAACAUUCCCCAGUGCAGCCUACCUAGCAGGAGCAAAGGUACUAUCAAAACCACAUAGGUGCAUAGAGGUAAGAAGGCCCCUUCCCACUCAGCCUUCAUUUAUCAGUAGAAAAAUGGGAUGGUGUCAGCCUGGACAGUCUGCCUCUCUAAGUUCUUCUGCCUUAGCUUUGAAAUCAGGCCUAAUACUUGUGGCAGGUUGGGAUAGGAGGUUAUAUAGCUUAGCCUGAAAGCUUCUGCCUUUAACCUUAACUCCUCUGUGUAGAGAACCUAUCCCCUCCCGUGUUCAACACAGCCUAGGUGCAUAUUUGAGAAAUGGUCAGCAAAUGUUUCCUAUCAUCCCAGAUCAUCAGCUCAUCUGUAUCUGGGGGAAACCUGCUCAGUCAGUGCCCCCCUCCUAAGGCCUCUCAUCAGCGGGUGGAAAGUGAGCAGGGCCUGGACUCUGGCCUCCACCAGAGGAGGAAUGUGGGGAGGAGAAAUGGAGGCAAGAGAAAACACUGACUAUACAUAGAGAAAGGGCAGAGCAGAGAAGAAAACAUUGUGUGUGUGUGGAAGAGAUGGAUGGGGCAGUGUUUCGGUCUAUGGACCGGUGCUGGUCCCUGAGAUCUCUGAGACAGUUUAGGAAGGCAGCAAGCUGGUCCCUGGUAUCAAAAAGGUUGAGAAACGCUGGAAAGGGGAACCUGCCAGUGAGAAGGAUGAAAAGUGAGUCUGAAAUCACUGUGGCUGUAAAGCUGGGAGAAGAAAUCUGAGUGUGACCAUGACUGUGCCCUUGAGUUGAAGUCAUGUGGUGUCUGGGAUCCCAUUUGAUGCCAGUUUAACCGACUAGUAAAACUAAAUCUAAAAAUUCCUGGUUUUUACUGAUGGGGAUUACAACUCUGACAACCCCACCUCCUCUGGAAUGUCAGAACCCGCUAAACAUGUGCACACUUGCUUAGGCCUACCUAUAGGAGAAAGUUGUCCUGAUUUUAAUUAAAUCUGUUUAGAACCAAUGUAGUUAAAUUAAUGCAACCUCCUUGUGUGAGGCACAAAAUAAGAGUCCACAACAGGGUGUUCUGAAUCCUUCCUGUGCCAUCAGACAUCACAUAGGAUACAAAUGAGCUCUGCCAUUAACCAGGGGUUGCAUCAAUUUAAGUCUGUCUCUAAAUUGCUUUUGUUAAAUAAAUACAGCUUUCUUGUGUAGCCAGGGCCUUUUUGAAAAGGGCUGGCUCCUGAUACUGUUCAGGACAUUUAGGGCUCCAGGAGUGGCCAGGUUGUCUUAGGCAGUAAUAAGCCAGAAGCACUGCCCAGAGCAGGUUGCCCUCAUUUCCUUUAGAGCUUUGAAAAUUUUGACUAUUUCCAUAUGGUAGCCUCCCUGCCACUUUCUGAAGAAAGCCCAGGGCCGGUGCAAGGAUGUUUCGUGCCCUAGGCAAAACUUCCACCUUGCACCCUCCGCGCCCCUGCCCUGAGGCACCCCCCCCAUGGCAGCUCCCCCCUUCCACUUUGAUGUGC